GGCGCUGUCCCCGAGCGCGGCGGGCGCUCCUCUUCUCCCGCCGCCGGGAGCCCCACCACUGGCGGCCACCCCCGCCCCCCGCGAUGCUCACCCCGGCCUCCCGCGGCAGCUGUUGCUCCAGCGGUGCGCCUGCCCGGGCGGCUCUCCGCCGCGUCCUCCUCUUGUCAUGUGUGUUUUUAAAAACAUCCACGGCACAUCUGCUCUAGUGCACCGCAUCUGCUCAGAGCGGCGCUGCCCCGGCUGCCCUGGGGGCUCGCGUCGCGGCAGUGCCCGGCAGCAUCCUUCUGUCCCCGCGGCCUCCCUUGCCCUCGCAGGCACCUCUGCCUCGCCAUCCGGAGGUGCUUUGCUGUCCAGGUCUGGUUUGGGCUGAGGCGUGUGUUGACCCCCGUGUGGGGCAGACCUUUCCAUGGUUGGGUGACCUCUCGCUGAGACCUCGUCUCGUCUGCAAGUCAGUCUGGCACUUCCACCACCUAAGGACAUGAGACUCGGACUUGUGUCACCUGCCUGUCUCAUGGGGUGUCACGAUGCUUAAUUAAUGUAACCAGCAAUAAGACGGCAACUUGCUGCUGUCCUGUCGGUAGGUGAUGCGUGCAGCAGAAUUCUUGGAUUGAUGGAACCAAGCUGGUAACUGAAGGAGCUGUGGCUUGUGCCAGCAAUACGAGAAACUGCCCCUGCAGGUGAACAGGGGCUGUUUCAAUGCUGAAAGAACUGCUGGAACAGCAGAGAAGCUGCACUGUUAGACAUGCUGCUUUGCAUGUUUGCCUUUCUAGAAAGUGAGGGAUUUGUUGGAGUACCCCAGCAGACUUAACACAUGCUGUAAGUAUAAUUGUUGGUGGGGAAGUUUCCUGGUGCUUCGCUGCAGAACUGAACACCUACUGCUGGUAUCCUUGUUCUCUGUGGAUCCAUUCUCAUCUUGUUUUGAAAUACUUUGGUUAAGGGCCAGGCUAUUGCAAACUCUCUGGCAGGUAGAAAUCUUGUCCCGAUCUUAACUCACAAAGCUGGCGUUCAGAACUUUUAAAUAGCUUUGCCUGUUCUGCACUGGAGGCUGUAUCUUCUGUUUGGAUGAAUUUUCCCCCAGUUAUUAACAUGUACCUGGUGAAGAGUGAAGGCCCCAAACUGGUCCCCUUCUUUAAAGCCACUUGUGUCUACUUUGUCCUCUGGCUGCCAACUUCCAGCCCCUCCUGGUUCAGUGCCCUCAUUAAAUGUCUGCCCAUCUUUUGCCUGUGGGUUUUCCUUCUGGCUCAUGGGAUUAACUUCUUAGUGUCGCACCGGAGUGCCAGCCGCAUCCUAGCGGGACUCAUAUUCUCAGCAGUGGGAGACGCCUUUCUCAUCUGGCAGGAGCAAGGCUACUUCAUUCAUGGUCUGCUGAUGUUCGGCAUCACACACAUCCUGUACUCUUCAGCCUUUGGCAUGAAGCCUUUGGACCUCAAAGCCGGCUUGCUGAUGGGCGUUGUUUCCAGCUCCUGCUACGCCUUCCUGUACUCCUACCUCUCGGGCCCGCUCACCUACCUGGUGGCCGUCUACAUCGCCCUCAUCGGCUUCAUGGGCUGGCGGGCGGUGGCGGGCGUGCAGCUGUGCAACGACCUGUGGACGUGGACCAAGCUGUCGGCCUGCGUGGGCGCCAUGCUCUUCAUGGUGUCGGACCUGACCAUCGCGCUCAACGAGUUCUGCUUCCCCGUGCCCUACUCGCGCUUCAUCAUCAUGGCCACCUACUACGCAGCCCAAAUGCUGAUCGCGCUCUCGGCCGUGGAGACCAGAGAUGAAGAGGACUUCAGGAAGAGGAGCUAGGUGGAGUGCCAACGCUCUGCAAACACAUGGGUUAUAUCUCAGGUGCUGUAGCUGCAUUCACCCCUGAGAGAGAUCUCCAUUUCUCUAGGCACACUGGUGAUGUUGAUUUUGCUUCUUUGAAGCAUUACCUUUGGGAAUUACAUGUUUUUUUUGUUGGCUUUCUCUGAAUACAGCUUACUUCAGUGUGGAGUCCACAUCAGAAAGCUUAGACUGUCCCUGCAGUAGUUACUCAUUCAACUUUUCCUCCUUGGAAGUGCUGUACUACUGCAUUCUAUUGUUAGUCUUGAAUUUGAUGCUGAAUGUUUGGGAAGAGGAGGGCUGGUGGAAAGGAGGUUUGGCCACGCACUGUGCUAAAAGGCUUGCUCUCAACUGUAGGCAGGCAGGCACAGAUCUCUGCUAAAGUCAUAGGUCAAAAUUAAUUUAACCGAUGUUUGUCUCUUUUUGUGCAUUGCAGUAUGCAAACUGGAGCUAUUCCUCCACUGAAAGGAAGCUCGGAAGGAGAAUAAAAAGAGCAUAUCCAGCUGUGAGCUGAGCUCUGGAGUCAAUGGCAGCGUGUGGGGCAGUACCCAGCAGAGCCAGCAUGAAAGCAGAACCCCAAGCUGAGGGUACAGAGUGAGAGGUGUGCUGGCAGUGCUGUGCUUUGAUUGCAGUGCUCCAGGGCAGGUCUCUAGGUGCAGGUCAGCAUUGCUGCCUGUGGCAGAGCUGUAGAGAGCAGGAGUUUGGUGGGAUUUCAGGGACAUCUCAGUGUUCUCCCUCUCCACAUGAACAUAGUUAGUUACACGGUGCCUGCAGCCACCAGUGAGAUGUAAUGGGCACAUGAGGAGCUAUGAUUUUUAAAGCAGAACUUACUCGUUGUCUUAGUGUAUGUCCUAAUUAUCCUUACUAUGGCAGACAGGCAUCUAAUCUUUAUGUCUUUUUUCUCCAAUGUCCUAACAAGUAGUAUUCCAUGUACCCAUUAAGUUUUAGUGGCACUUCCAGUAGUACUAUUAGUACUGCUGCCUGCAGUAUCUUAAAUCUUUGUGUGAGCAUUUCCUGUGAUCAAGGCCCUGAUUUUGGAUGUAGAUUGCCACGUUUUGCCAGCUGGUGGAAAAUGAUCCUCUUUGCACCACUUCUUUUUUUGUCAGAAAGCCCCUUUUCAGCCAAGCUUCCUGAAAAGCACUGUCCUUUGUGUUCAACACGCCUGCCACUUCCUUCUCAAACUCACAUGAACUCACAUAGAACCCUGCUAGCUUUUCCCUUGUGUUGAGAGGUGCUGAGUGGGUCUCCUGCUCCUCUCCAGCCUCACCUGGUGUGCCUGGCAGGGAAUAGGCAUUGCCUCCCCACAACUUCUCCAUCAGAGCAAGUUCAGCCAGUAUUACAGAAAUCUGGGUUAACAUCCUGACCCCGUGGGGGCAUCUGCUGCUUUUCAGACAGGGAUCAGAAAGGUCAGCUGCAUUAUGGAGAGGGAAAGCACUGUAGGUAGCAGAGCCUCGUGUAAUCCCUUCCCUUUAAUGCUGUUAUGUAAUACUGUCAGUAUUCAUUCAGUGGCACAUGGGGGCCUGCCUGGAGUAAACAGCUAAGGGAAUUCAGAGCCAUACACCAUUUUCAUUCAUCAGCAUUGCUUAUCUCCUGGCCCCAGACUGAACCCUGCAGUGUAGCUCUCUGCAGAUGUCACCUGCUGUUGCUCAUCUUGGCUGUUUGCAAAUCUCCUCCAGCAACAAAGUGACCCAGCUGAGAGGAAGUCUAAGCAUUUGGGGUGAACUCCACCAUCCUCCCAGCAUGUGAGCAAACAGCACACUGCAGUCUUUGAAUCCCAUCUCCUUGGCAUGGGUCAGCACACUCAGUUUUAGCAGGCAGUUCUUCAGAGGAGUUCCCCCACAUCCUGAGCUUCCCUUUGCUUUGAGGGAAAUGCUUGUGUGAUCAAGUAAACUUUAUUUAAAAGUCUUGAGUUUUGAUUCUCUUUUUUCCCUCUCUAGAAUCAAGUAGUCUUGAACUGCCUGAAAAUAGCUGAGUUGCUUUUCUGUGUGCUUUUUCUUCUUGGCUGGCUUUGCUGUCCUGCUAUACCAUCAGCUGCUGGAUACCUGCAGAAAAGAAUCUUGAUGUGUUAUUAGAAGGCCUCUCCUCUCCACUGGCUAUCAGAGGUGCAGUUUCUGGUGGCAGAGGUCUCUGGGUGGGACAGCAGAAACUUGUGCAGCCCAAGUGGGCUGUUGUUCCCUUGCUGUCCUGGAACAUAUCACCUGGAGUGACCUGGCUAGGACACAUUGGCCAGUCACACUGGCUCCUGCUGCUGCAACAGCUUCAGCCUUCGCAGGAACAUGAGGCAGAGCCCUCAGCAUACAAAGAAGAGUCCUGGUUGGCUUGGAGGUUUGCUGGCAAAGGCUCUUAAUCUUCAAAAUCUCUUUCUGGCUCUGCAUUCCUCUUUCUAAUCCAUAUUACUUGAAUGAGACCAUUUUCCUGGAGGCUCUUUCCUGCUGGGAAGAGACCAGCUGCUGUGGACUGUGAUCUGACACAAUUUUGAGAUGCCUAAAUCCUGAGAAGUACUAAGCAGUUGCUGGCAGUCUGUUAAAUAACUUUUCCUGGGAUUAAAACUGUUCCCUCAACCCCAGCAAGGGCAAUCUCCACUUUGAAAUAGAGCAAAAAGAAGAGUGGUGUUCAUAUGUGACAAAUGGUGUUACUGUCUGUGGGGCUGCCUUUGUGGACCCUCCUGUUGCCUCUUUGCACUGUAAAACUGAGGAUCAGUCCAUUCUUCUCCUUUUCAGGAGUACAGUCCUUGAGAAGCACCCAGUCUUUGGCACAGGAAUGUUACAGAGGGAAUGAAGCCUUCCAGGUGGUGUAGUGUUCCUGGCCCCAGCAGCAGCAGCAGCUCCUUUUGUUGCUAAGCACAGAGGUUUUAUUUUCACACUGCUGUAUCCUUCUGCAAACCCUGUCUAUAGUCACCUGAGCUUACACCCAUGGUUUGGUUACUUUCUGUAGUUAUCACCCUCUUGGAGGUCCUUUGGCUCUUUAAUUGGCCAUAUAAAAUAUUCAGCACAUUUACUUCAGCCUCUUUCUGUAGGCAGAUUCCCCUUGCAUAGUACUCCCAGGGUCAGUCAGAGAAGCAGUGCUGAUUGCAACUUGUUUUUAAGUGCUAGUAAUGCUGUGUCACAGGGUGAUGCUCAUGUAGAAAUGGCAGGUCAAGAAGAACAAAGCCAGAGGAUUUUGACUUUAAGCUUUACUCUUACUCUGUGCUGGAUACCUGGCUUCUUACUCCUCCAUAUUGAGGCAUCUGUAAGACUGAUUGGUUUAAGGAUUACUCUAACAUGGCUUUUGAGUAGAUUGUUUGAAGGCUUCAUGUUGUCAUCAGUGGAGGCAAUUUAUAUAUUUUUACACAAGUUUAUAAAAUUCUGAGGAGGAACUUGGCAGUUUUUAGUGGCUCUUCAAAGUUUUCCAUACUUGUAGUUUAACACUAACUUGCAUUUUCAUGUUGCUAUCGUGGUAUUUCUGGGAGCUGUUCUGGAAGAAGCAGAUCAAAGCUAACAGCAACUACAGAUCUCAGUGGCAGGUGCCUCUUUCUCUUUGCUUGGUUUCUGAAUACAGACAGGGGGGUCGAAAUCAUAACUGUGUUCUUGGAAGAGGAUGGGAAGUUGCUGACUUCUUGUGACAGAAAUCCUCCUGCCUUUUAUCCAUGCUCGCUCCUUUUGUGGCCUUGGGUGAGUCACUUAAAUUUUCUGGGGCCAGGAGCACAUGCUCGCUCCUUUUGUGGCCUUGGGUGAGUCGCUUAAAUUUUCUGGGGCCAGGAGCACAUGUGGUGUAUGAGGACCAGUGCAAUGCCAAGUUAUCCCAGCAGGGACCAGGCCCUCACCCCGUUCUAAAAUGGAGAUAUUACCCCUUACCUACCUCACAAAGAUAUCAUGAGGAUUGAUGCUCAUACAGCACUUUGAAGAUGUCAAGUGCUAUGUAAGUCACAAGUAUUAUCUAGCUUUAAUGUUAAAAUUGGUUUUAGGGGUCUUCUCUUGAAACAUGGAAUGCGUGACUGCCUUUUCAGUUUGCACCAGAUAGAAAAAAAAAAUUGCAAAAUAUUUAUUCAUGCUGGUUAACAGGAUGGGCUCAGCUACACUUGAACUCUGAGGGAGAUUUAGCUUAAAAAUAUGAACUAAUUUCAGUUUUGCAAAUGAUUUUUAGUUCUUCUAAAAGCCUUGACCAAAUUCUUAGCUGUGAACCUUGCAUCCAACUUUUGCAGUCUGGUCUUGUCCCUCACUGUUAGCUAGAGUAAAUAUAGUCCAGCCAAAACAGAGUGCCUCACAGUCUGCUGUGGCUUUUAAAAAAGCUGGAAGAGAAAAUGAAGUCAUUCUGUUCAACCUUCAGUCUGCAGAAGGUCAGCUGGGUUUCAUGAGACAGCUUUCAAAAGGAUGUUUAAUUUCUCUGAUUGUAGUUUCACAGGCUGUAAAAUCAGCAGAGAGAGAAAGCCUUGAUGGAAUCAAUAAGGUCGGCACAUCCUUCUUGGAUUUCUUUUUUUCAUCCAAAUGAAGGAAGCAGUGGGUUUUGUAGCAAAGGAAGUGCUUGUACCACCAGUCCCAUGGCCCAGAACAAAAGUUGAUCUAGAAAUACAGCUCUCAACCAUCACCAUGUUCUCAACUAGGAUAAAAAUGCCACCAUUCACUGACCUAAAUCUGGACCACAGCUAGAAACUACCUAGUUUUUGUAGCACUAGCUGCUGUACAAACACAAAUGAAGGCAAGGAAUUACACACCAAGGAAUGUGAGCUGUGUACGUAUGAAAUGGACCAUUAUUUUGAAGCAGCUGCAGUAAAAUCUUAAUAUGAACUCAGAAGCAAACACAAUGCAAAUUUUUAUGGUUUCUUUAAAAUAUUUGAUGGGUUUUCAUUCUCUUAGUUUGGAGAAAAUUUUCUUAAUGUUAUUUUAUUUUUGCUCUUAUUGUAAAGAAUAAAAAUACACAACUCUAGACAGACUUCAAAUGAAAAAAAAAGUGGCCAGUUGGCAGCAAUGUCAAAACUUCUGCGGUCUGUAUUGUUUCUGUGGUGACACUAUGCUGCUGUUGGGUGAGCUACUGGAGUGGUGUGAUGGCUCAAAAGUGAGGCUGAAGCACAAGGUGCAAGUGUUGAGCCACCAAGACUUCAGUGGGAGCAUGACUGGCCCAAUUUGGAUCAGUCAAAAGACAGAGCAUAAGGAAAUAAAAGACACCUUUUCCUGACAGAAGAGAAGCAAGAAACCAAAACCAGCCCAUUGGGCGAUGGUGCUGAAUCACUACAAACAUUUUUUGUCUAGACCCUGCUGGUGCAGGUUCCUGCUGGACCAAGCCUUGCUCCUAAUUCCGCUGGGGAGGCUUGCUCCAAGCCUAUGGUGCUGGCAGGGUCAGGCCAGCACAACCUGAAGCUUUGUUAAAUAAAACUCAAAAACCAGAAAGCAACUACAAAAACAAGAACAAAACUCCAAAACCACAAAAAAAAAAAAAAAAAAAAGGAAGGAGGAAGCAAAUGCCACCGGGUAAGUGGCAGUUCUGCCUGCCUGAGAAUGCAGAGUGGCUGGUCUGCCUUGAACACUAAUCUCUAUGUCUUAGACCCGUGUGAGUCUCUUGCUCCAGCCCCUCUCCCACACAUUCCAGGCAGAGUGCACUGAAAAUGUGACUGAAGCAGCUGCUCUCCUCUGGAGAGCCAAGCACUUUGCCAUGUCUGAAAGUCUCUAGCACUUACUUUCUUUACUGUGAUUGUAAAGGUCACCACAUACAGUACAGCCACUUGAUCUGGGAUCUUUUCUUAACACAUUUUUAUGCUGAUUUUACUAUUCUUUGUUUGGAAUGUAAUUUUUUUUUCUCAUUUCUUCUGUGUGUAACAGCAAUUAAAAAUAUUAAUUUCCUCGGUAUUUUUACUGUGCA